AUGCGUUCAACACCUAAUAAAGGACUAGACGAAUUAGGAAAAAGCACCCAAGGAAUUGUUGUAAAUAGAGACAUUAACAAAUGGGCUCAUAAUAGAAAAAUACUUAUUAGAGCUAUAAUGGCUCCAAAUGCAUUAAAGUUUUCAGCUGAUCUUGUAAAUCGUGUUUUUAAAGAUUUAGAAACUUAUUGGGAUUCUUUAAUUAAUGAAAUGGGAGAAUCUAUUACAAGUAAGGGAAUUCAUCAAAAAAAAGUAUUGGAAAUGGAUCUUGUGCCUUGGAUCAAAAGGGUCUUCACCGAAAAUAUAAUGUUAUUAGCAACAAACAGGCAAACUAAUAUGUUAUUGAAUUAUUACAAAAUCAGUAAAAAAGAAAAAGAUUUAAAUAUAGUUAAAACUGCAGAGGAUGAAUAUUUACGUAAUUUAGAUUUUGUACAAGAUUGUGUUAGAUAUUAUGCAACAUUUCCUUUGUUUAUACGUAAUUUGCCAUUGAUAAAGAUUUAUUCAAAUUAUCUAUUAAACAAAUUUUUAUCAACAAGAAAGUAUAUUAUCAAUUUAAUCAAAGAAUCUAGAGAGAAAAUUGAAAAUAUUAGCGAUAAAGAAAACUUGACACCUGAUAUGUUGAAUAUGUUGUUAACUAUUAAUACUCCAAAAGAUAUUACUCAAGGCAUUGCAAAUGAUUUAAAUGAUAAACCAAUGUCUGAUGUAGAAAUUAUCAAUGUUAUUUCUGAAACAUUCGUUGGGGGAAUUCAGACUUCAUCUGAUGCUUUUUCAUUUGUUAUAUAUUAUGUAUCUAGUCAUCCCGAGGUUGAAGAAAAUAUUCUUAAAGAAAUUGAACAGGUAGUUGGAGAUAAAUCUAAUUUAGAUUAUGAAGAUUUAAAAAAAAUGGAAUACAUUGAAGCUGUAAUAAAAGAAGUUUUACGUAUUAGACCUAUCGGAUCAUCAAUUGGCCGUGAAGCAACAAAUUUUGAUCAAAUAGGUGACUACAAAAUUCCAGGUUCAACACUAACGGUUAUAAAUGUCAAAAGUUUACACAUGAAUCCAAAUUAUUGGAAUGAACCAACUAAAUUCAAUCCUUCGAGAUUCUUAAAAAACAAAAAUAAUGACAACAAUAGUGAAGAUUCCUUUAUCAAAAAUACAUUUUUACCUUUUGGUGGUGGAUUGCGUAUGUGUCCAGGAAGACAUUUAGCAAUGAAUCAACUCAAAUUACUGGUUGCUUUAUUCUAUAAAAAAUAUGAAUUUGAAUUGGUAAAUGAUAAACUUGUAUAUAGAAAUUCUAUUAUUAAUGGUAAUCAAUGCGGUGAAUUAAAGGUUAAAUUAUCACAUAGAAAUUAA